CCACAGUGAGUAAAAGACAGACAUCAUUUGCACUUGCCAUUGUUGUGUCAUACUACAUUUGCAUCUUUGUCUCAGUCAAUAAUCAUGUACUACGCAGCAGCAUCAACCAUGAAAUCCAUUUGCAAGCCUCCACUUCCUAGAUCGCCAAUGCGUCUUCGACCGCGUCACUCUUUUCAUUCCUCAAACACUACCUCUCUUCAAACUCCACCAGGUUCUUUGACAAAAUCUCAAAAACCAAUUCGCUCCCCGGAUAUGCGACCCGAAUACCGCACGAUUUCGUGGGAGUUACGGGCUCUGGCGAAGAUGGUUCGCGACGAGUUUGGCAACGCUGAUUCAGAGGAUCUGGCCGGCGCCAAUUCUUGUGGGGUGAACCCUAGUGCUCUCUUUGAGAGAGGGAGGUUUUAUGAAGAGUACUCUGCGAGAAGGAACGAGAGGCUAAAGAGGAAGAAGGGAGUGACGGUGGGGGAUGAAAGUAAGGGUAAAUCUGUUCAUGCUCUUGGGGUUACGAUGGAAUCGGGAAAGAAGGGUAGUUCAAGAAAACUUGGAAGUUUGAGGAAAUCUGUUUCUGCGGCUUACUCUGCGGAGGUGAGUGAAACUCCAAGGUACAUGCUCAGAAGCAGGACCAAGGAAAAUAAUAAACCUCCUCUUGCUACCAAGUUUGAGAAAUCUAUCAUGGCUGGGGAGAAGAAGGUGGGAGCAAGAAGAGUAGGAAGGAUAUGA